AUGGUCGCUUCCCUAGACGAGGAGAAAAAACCAGAGGUUACUAGCAAUGAUACAGAACCCUUGCCAGCUCCACUUAAAGGGGCUGUAAUCUACAGCUCGGAGAGAAUCUCUUAUACGGCCGAGGAGAGAAGAGUUAUUCGAAAAAUAGACAUGAACAUUCUACCUUUCAUGCUUAUUGCAUACAUGCUUCAGUUUUUGGAUAAACAAGCCCUUUCCAACAGCACAAUAAUGGGAAUCAUUCAAGAUUUGGAGCUAUAUGGAACUAAAUACAGUUGGGCAGUCAGCAUGUUUUACUUUGGAUACUUGCUCGCAUCCUAUCCUGUUUUGAUGAUGCUGGUGAAGCUUCCAUUAGGAAAGUCAUUAGCAACGGUCUUUAUUGUGUGGGCUAUUAUUCUUGGUUGUCAUGCUGCGACAAAGAACUUUGCAGGCUUGAUGGUAGCCAGGUUCUUCCUUGGGGUUGCGGAGGCUAGUAUCUCCCCAGGCUUUAGCCUAAUCACGUCUCUAUGGUAUCGAACUUCUGAGCAGCCCUUACGCCAUGGUCUCUGGUUUGCAAGCAAUUCAGCAUCAGGUAUAUUCGCAAGUAUUAUGGCAUGGGGGAUUUACCAUAUUCACGACGCAUUAAAACCGUGGCAGUGGCUCUUCAUUAUUAUGGCGCUAGCUACUUACAUUCGUCUGGGGCCUGAUGCUUCUUUGGCGCUUGCCAGAUCACCCCGAGACGGCUAA